CAAACCGACACUAUAAAAUACUGAAAUAUAAAAUGGAUACGGGUCCAAAACAAAAAAGACAAGUAAAUCCACGUUGCAGAGCAAAUUGGUUUUCUAUUUUAACGUUUGGAUGGACAUUAGAAACAUUUAAACUUGGCUACAAUCGCGACAUAAAGGAAAGUGAUCUGUAUGGACCUCUACCAGAACAUCGCUCAGAUGUUUUAGGUGAUGCCCUCCAAAGAACUUGGGAUAAAGAAGUUGAUCAGAAUAGAAAACUGGCAGAUGGGUCUAAACCUAGCUUAUGGAAGGUCCUUUUCAAAGUAUUCGGCCCUGAGCUAAUGUUGUAUGGUUUAAUACUUGCAGCGAUGGAGUUUUUGAUCAGAUUACAGCAACCACUGUUUCUUGGAUUAUUAUUACGUUACUAUAGCCCUGCUCAAGAAUUGAAAAAUGGCACAAGUACUUCAAUGUAUAUGUCCCGUCUAUUCAACUAUUAUCAGAGGGAAGACAGUGUGACAUGGGGAGAGGCUGUGUUCUUUUCGUUUGGCGUUGUGUUCUGUAGUACCGUGAACGUGAUGGUACAGCAUCCAUUUAUGAUGGGCGUAAUGCAUAUAGGCAUGAAAAUGAGAGUCGGCAUGUGCAGCCUUAUUUAUAGAAAAGCUUUAAAAGUAAGCAUACAAGCUAUAUCUGAGAAUAGUGCAGGAUUAGUAGUGAACCUAAUGGCGAAUGAUGUUAACCGCUUUGAUACGGGCCCACUAUUCGUUCACUACCUUUGGAUCGGACCGUGUGAAACUCUGCUGAUGACAGUAUAUUUGUACAGAGACAUGGGAAUGGCUGCAGUUUGUGGAGCAAUGGUUAUUUUCGCCAUGGUACCCUUUCAAAUAUAUCUGGGAACUAGAACAGCUUAUUAUAGAAAAGGGACUGCUUUAAAAUCUGACGAAAGAGUAAGACUAAUGAAAGAAAUCCUAAUGGGAAUGGAAGUUAUAAAAAUGUACACAUGGGAACGACCAUUUCGAAAGAUUAUUGAUAAUGUUCGCAGAGGUGAAAUAUACUACAUCAAGAUGACAUCAUACAUUCGGGGCGUAAUAAUGUCAUUCAUCAUGUUCACGUCCCGUUUUGGUAUCUUCCUCACUGUGUUGUUGUAUGUUAAGUAUAUCAACAGGAUCACAGUUGAAAAUGUCUUCUUUCUUACUUGCUUCUACAAUAUUAUGAAGCAGACUAUGACAUUAUACUUUCCUCAAGCCGUUGGUCAGAUUGCAGAAAUGAAUGUAGCAGUUCAAAGAAUUCGCGAUUAUUUAUUGAGCGAAGAAUGCUAUCUUCCAGCUAGAACAUUAGAACUCGAUGUAAGAACAGUUAAAAGUUUUAAGAAGGUCACAAUAGUUGAUCCUCUGAAGUCACCGCUUCAUACCAGUCAUGAAGUACCGGGCACUUCACAUAAAACGAAAGACAGAAAAGAGAAACCAUAUAAAGAACAAAAAGGUGAAGCGAUUAUCAUAUUCAACAAAGCCAAUAGCCGUUGGGUAAAAUCCUCCGAAAAAGAUGACGUCAACAAUAUUAAUUUAAAGAUAUUAUCUGGAUCUACAACGACAAUAAUAGGAGCAGUUGGUUCAGGUAAAUCUACAUUACUCCACAUGAUACUUAAAGAGUUACCAUGUUCCCAUGGAAGUGUGGAAGCCAUUGGAUCUAUUAGUUACGCUAACCAAGAUCCUUGGCUUUUCGUUGGUUCUGUACGUCAGAACAUUUUGUUUGGGCAACCUUUUAAAAGAGCUCGCUAUAUGGAAGUUUGUAAAGUAUGUGCCCUGGAAAGAGACAUUUCAUUAUUUCCACAUGGUGAUAAAACUGUUGUUGGGGAACGUGGUGUAUCAUUAAGUGGAGGGCAACGUGCCAGGAUCAAUCUUGCAAGAGCUAUAUACAAGGAAGCUGAUAUUUACUUAUUAGAUGACCCUUUAUCAGCUGUAGAUACCCAAGUGGCAAAACAUAUAUUUGAAAGAUGUUUAAAAUGGUACCUAGCUGACAAAACGGUAAUAUUAGUGACACAUCAGCUGCAAUUUAUAAAAUCAGUAGAUCAAAUUGUUAUAAUGGACAAAGGAAAAAUUAUCGCCGAUGGUAGUUUUGAAGAUUUGAAUGAAAGAGAUUUAAAAAUAAUAGAAUUAAUGGUGGAUAAAGCUCAAGAAGUGCGCGAAGAGGAUGGUUCAUCGACAAUUCAAAGCACAUCGACGUUACAGCCUAGCACACUCAGUUUACAUAAACGCCAUUGGUCCCUAUUAUUCGAUAACAGCAUCUCACAAACGCAAGAGGCAGAAUUACAAACCACAGGUCGAGUGCAAAGCUCUGUUUACCGAGAAUAUUUUUUGACUGCCGCUUCUUGUCCAUAUGUUUCUCUUGUGUGCUUUAUGUUUAUUCUGGCACAAGUUUGUGGAAGCACUUGUGACUAUUGGAUAAGUCGAUGGAGCAAAGUUGAAGAUCAAUUAACCGGCGAUUCCACUUUAGAUAAUAUCUUAUGGUCUGAACAAGGAUUAAGACGCAGUGACUUUGUUCUCAUUUUUGGCAUAAUCACAUCAGCAACGAUUAUGGUGGCUUUAAUUAGAGCGUUACUUUUCUUUUCUCUAUGUAUGAAGUCGUCUAUAAAGUUUCAUGAUAAAAUGUUUGAAUGCAUAUCGCAUUCGCCUAUGAGUUUCUUUCACUUAAAUCCAUCAGGAAGAAUUCUGAACAGAUUCAGCAAAGAUAUGGGUGCUAUCGACGAGUUGUUACCGCAAGCAAUGAUUGACUGCUUUCAAAUUAUUUUGAAUUUGGUGGGCGUUAUAGUGGUGAUUUUAAUGACCGAUAUUACAUUGUUAAUACCAAUUGUAACUGCUUUACUAAUAUUUUACAUUUUUCGUAUAAUUUACAUACGAACUACUGGUGCAGUGAAACGUUUAGAAGGAAUCACUCGCAGCCCAGUAUUUAGCCACGUAAACGCCACAGUCCUCGGGUUGGCUACAAUCCGUUCCUUCGGUGCGGAAUUGCUGCUGGCCAAGGAGUUCGACCGGCAUCAGGACUUGCACAGCGCAGCGUGGUACCUGUUCAUAUCGUGCAGCCGCGCAUUCGGAUACUUCCUCGAUGUCAUCUGUUUAUUGUUUAUUAUAUGCGUCACUUUUAGCUAUUUGAUGAAGACUGAUAUCGAGGGUAGUCGCAUUGGUCUAGCAAUCACUCAGUCAAUAUCAUUGACGGGUAUAUUCCAAUGGGGCAUGCGACAAUCGGCAGAAAUGGAAAAUCAAAUGACGAGCGUUGAAAGAGUUCUGGAAUACACCAAGUUACCUCUAGAAUCUGCUUUAAGAAGUGCUCCAGAUAAAAAACCUCCUAGUGACUGGCCGUCGGAGGGGGCCAUACAUUUUAAUAAUCUUAGUUUAAAAUACUCGCCAGGUGGGAAUUAUGUAUUAAACAAAUUAACACUAAAUAUUCAGCCUCAGGAAAAGAUUGGAAUAGUAGGCCGAACUGGUGCUGGCAAGUCAUCCGUAAUACAGGCUUUAUUCAGACUAGCCUAUUUGGAGGGCUCCAUUAUUAUAGAUGGCGUGGAUAUCUCGAUGAUUGGUCUCCAUGACCUCAGGGAAAAGAUUUCAAUUAUUCCUCAAGAACCAGUCCUGUUCAGUGGUACAAUAAGGAAGAAUUUGGAUCCAUUUGACGAAUAUAUAGAUGAAGUACUAUUAAAAGCUUUAAAUAAUGUGGAACUCCAAUCUGAAUAUGAAGGGACAAAGGUACUAUACAAACAAGUGUCGGAAGGUGGCUCCAACUUCAGCGUGGGGGAACGUCAAUUGGUGUGCCUGGCGCGAGCGAUAGUACACAAGGAUAGGAUCUUAGUGCUGGACGAGGCGACCGCUAAUGUGGACGCGCAGACCGACGCGCUCAUACAGACCGCUAUAAGGCAGCACUUCAGAGAAUGCACCGUCCUCACAAUUGCACAUAGGCUAAACACCGUUAUUGAUUCAGAUAAGAUCCUAGUGCUAGACGCUGGCCGGCUGAUGGAGUUCGAUCAUCCGCAUAUUUUGCUUCAGAACAAGAAGGGAUACUUCCGGAGGAUGGUGGCCGAGACCGGGCCCGCUAUGGCACCAUUACUACACAAAGUUGCCGCACAAAAUUAUAAAAAGGGGCAUUCGACCUAAAGACGACAAACAAACUAAAAUAUUAAUAUUUUA